AUGGCCGGUGUUAAGAGUUACGAACUAAGAACCAAAUCUAAGGAACAACUAGAAUCUCAAUUGCUAGACCUAAAGAAGGAAUUAGCUGAGCUAAAGGUCGCUAAGCUAUCUAAGCCAUCUCUACCAAAGAUCAACACUGUCAGAAAGAACAUUGCUCGUGUCCUAACCAUCAUCAACGAACAACAAAGAGCUGCUGUCAGAGAACUAUACAAGGGUAAGAAGUACCAACCAAAGGACCUAAGAGCUAAGAAGACUAGAGCCCUAAGAAGAGCUCUAACCAAAUUCGAAGCUUCCAGAACCACUGAAAAGCAAAAGAAGAAGCAAGUUGCUUUCCCACAAAGAAAGUACGCUAUCAAGGCUUAA